CGCAGGAAGAUCGAUAUCGAGUACAUCAAGGACGACAAGGCCAGAGGAACCACUUUCGCAAAGCGCAAGACGGGCCUCUUUAAGAAGGCGCAUGAGCUGGGUGUCUUGACGGGUACGCAGAUUGCCGUGAUUGUCUUUAGCCAGCAAGACAGGCUCUUCACCUACUCCUCC